CACCACCGAAAGAAAAGAAGUGGAUCCCAAAAAGGAUCCCAAACACAGAGGAGAUCCUGAAGCUCCUCCGAGAGCAGCAUGGAGACUUGUUGAAGACGCUGAAAGAACGAGAGAAUGUUGACGUGAAAAGGUUCUUCAGAGAAGAAUAUGAUAAAAGCACUCAGAGGUUUUUUAGAGGUGAAGAACGUGAAGCGGUUGAUGGAUAGAUCAGACUCUGUCUGCCAACUCCGCAUUAAUGAUUCUGCUGUUGGAUCCGGAUUUCUGCUCUUUGACAGGUUUAUCCUCACCAAUGCACAUGUUGCUGGAGACUUAGUCCCUCGUUCAUCAAAACUGAAACAAAAACUAACAGCUGCGUUCCAUUUUGAAGAUUUGACCUCUGUAGGAAUUGUGAUACCAGUGGAGGAGAACACUGUUGCUUAUUUGAAGGAAAAAGAUGACAUGGGGAACCAUCUGGAUUUUGCUUUGCUGGAACUGAGCAGGGAUGUAAAACUUCCUGAAUUGCUGAGUUUCUAUAGCCCUCCACUGACCAGGGGUUCUGUCUGCAUUAUUGGACAUCCAGGGGGCGGAGUAAAGCAAAUGGACCCUUGUUUUAUUAUUGCAAAAGAGGACAUUCCUCAAGCAGCAGAGACAUACUUUAAAAAGAACCCAAACAUUCAUGUCUUUCAUGUUAUAACACAGCAGUGCUUGACUGAGGACAAGGAAAUGCGUGAAUCCAAAAUCUUUUACAAUUCCUGUUUCUUUCAUGGAUCAUCUGGCUCUCCAUUGUUUGACCAGCACUGCAACCUGAUUGGUGUUCACACCGGUGGAUAUGUUUAUGAAGGAGAAAGAAAGAAAACUAGGAGUGUGAUGGAAUAUUCAUUUCCACUGAUUCACAUUCUGGUGAAUAUCUUCAUACAGUGCAGCAAUAAGAAAAGAUCUGAUGUAGUUCAAUACUUUGAGUCCCAAAGCAACAUGAAAUAUGUUGUCCAAGUGGCAAAAGAACAGUUAGAGAGAAAUUCACCACAUUAAUGACAUACUGCGAGUUAGUACAUCAAGUAUUGAAAUAUCAAAUGUGAGAUUUGAGCAUCAAUAGGAUGGGAAAAAAAUCAAUGAUUUUCAACAAGUGAUUCAGUUCUUCAACAUCCAGAAAUCACUGAUUCCAGCCAUCUUCUCCCUCACUGGGACUGCCUUCAUCUUCAGCAUUGUUCAUUUUAUAUUUAAUUGCUUUUGUCUCAUGCUGCUGGUUCCUUUUUCUUGCUUGUCACUGGAGAUAACCAGCACAUAUAUAUUGUAAUGUUUUCUCUUUAAUAACUGUAACAUAUUCAUUCGUAAUUUUUUAGCUGGUAGAGGUGAGAGGUUCAGAAUUACAAAUGUAAUGAAUUUUAAGAAAAUCAUGAUUUUUUUUAUUUGUUUCUCUAUAUUCAUUAUCCUGCAUGAUGCUUCUGUGUUUGAUUCAUUUAUUACAUCACUGUAAUACAGAAUAAGAAAAUAAAAUUUAAAAUGAA